AUGCCGUCCAAGAAGAUAUCGCAGGAGGCCUUUGACGAAUUAGUCCAGGAAAACCGCGAGACGUUCGGCAUGGUGGCUGAAGAGGCGUUGAAGAGCACUAUAGAGGAGUUGGAGCUGCAGGGUGUUUGCCUGACGGGAAUAAUAAAGUCUGCGCAAAGACAACAGCACGAACUGCAUCCAGUCAGUGUUGCUACCCAAAAUAUUGAGGAGAAAUGUGGAGAAGGGAGCGAUGCCUGUGAUGCCUGCAGUCUUGUCCCUGCCUUUGAAGAACUCCUGAGCGCGGUCAAUGCUGAUGAGAAAACAAAGAGGGCAGAAGCAUUGUCAGUGGCGAAGAAGGCAGGAUCUGUGGCUGUAGUGCUGACAGCGAUGCGAUGCAUGUCCAAGGAGGCCUCCAGCCUGCAACUUGGCAUCGAGGCCCUGAUCGGCCUUGCAGCAACCUCUGACAUGAGGAAGGCCUUCCACGAUGCUGACGGCCCUGCCUCGAUGCUUGCUUGGGUGAAGGAAUUCGAUGAUGUGCACACGGUGGCUCUGCUUGCCAAGCUUGCAGCAGUUGUGUCAACGAAAAAUGAGGCAAACAAGUGCAAAUUCAUGGACUUGGGGUUUGCCGAUUCUCUGCACGCCAUCCUUUUGAAGUUGAUCCCAGAGGGCAUCCCUGCGUACAAGGAGGCCUUGGGGCCAACCUGCCAAGCUUUCGCAUCCUUCACCACUGCCGACGACCCCACCCCCCCCACAUCGAGGGCGAUGCAGAAUGCACGUGCCCUAGCUCAGAAGGGCUGGCCAGGCACCCUGCUGAACAUACUCAACCACUUGCGGGGCACGGGGAAGGCUGAGCGCAGCGGCGAGCUGGCUGAGGUGAUGGCGGACUGCCUGGGCGCACUGAGGAGUGUGGCGCUCAACGACGACAUAUGCAGUGGUUUUGUGAGGGAGGGCGGGGUGGGGGUGUUGAUGGAGUUCCUGGAGGAGGACUUGGGAAAUUGGGUGCUGGUCAAGAACACCUGUGCCACCCUGAGGCAGCUGGCCAGCGGCGACCUGGUGAAGCAGGAGAUCAUAGCGCAGAGUGGGCCCUCCAUCGUCUACAGGGUACUGUCAUCCUACUGCGAGCACGAGACCACCGUGGAGACGGUGCUGGGCAUGGCCACAGCCAUCACGCUGCGCAACCCAAAUGGCAGCGAAGCCCUGGCAGAGGCCGGCUGCGUGGACCUCAUCGUGGAGACUGCCAAGGCACAUGACGGCAACCCCAAGGUGCUGCGUCAGGUGGCAAUGUGUUGCCGCAACAUGGUGGUGCGCAGCCCAGAGGUGAAGGGGAGGUUUCUGGAGCAGGGCAUGGAGGCCGUGUUGCGUGGCACCAAGAAACGGUUUGGGGGGGAGUGCCACGAGGCAGCGUGUGCAGCCCUGCGGGACUUGGGAUUCGACGACUACCACUAG